CACUUUACGUUUGUUGGCCUAGUUUGCAAAUUGGGCUGUCCAAAUAUCCUCCGGUUUCACGAAGCGGAGGGGCAAGGGUUGCUCACCAGCGAGCGCGACUUGGAUGCGGGGAUGAGCAGCUCCAACGCCGUGUUCUACGCCGACGCCUAUCACCCUAUCCAAGCCGGGAGCAUCGACGGCACCGACAUCCUCCCUCACGACAACGCUGUCUACCGCGCUGUCCUUUGCUCCUCUGCCGGCCUCUAUGAUCCGUUGGGCGAUCCUAAGGUUAUCGGCGAUCCCUACUGCACCGUCUUCGUGGGCCGGCUUUCACGCCUUACAGAAGAAGAAACUCUUAGAAAGGCAAUGAACAAGUACGGAAGGGUGAAGAAAUUGCGACUAGUGAGAGAUAUUGUUACCGGUGCUUCAUGUGGUUAUGCUUUUGUGGAAUUCGAAACUGAGAGAGAGAUGCGCCGUGCAUAUGAGGAUGCACACCAUUCUUUUAUUGAUGAUUGUGAAGUGAUUGUUGACUACUACAGGCAACACUUAAUGCCUGGAUGGAUUCCAAGAAGACUAGGUGGUGGUCUCGGAGGCAAGAAGGAAUCUGGUCAACUUCGUUUCGGAGGUCGGGAGCGGCCAUUUCGUGCUCCUUUGCGACCAAUUCCAUAUGAUGAUCUGAAAAGGCUGGGUAUUCCGCCUCCACCUGAAGGACGAUAUGUGACACGUUUUCAGGUCCCAUCCCCACCUAGGCGCAGAAGCUCUCACUCCAUGGAAGAUUCUCCUAUCAGGCAUCAAAGAUCUCGAGAUAAGGAAGAGGCUUCUCAUACGCGGCAUAAGAGAUCAGCUGAUAGAGAUGAUUCCCUUCGUGAGCAUCGUAGACAUAGAGAGCACUCACGACGGCAUAAGAGGUCAACGAGUAGAGAUUACAGUCACUGAGGCUCUUUCUGUCUGUUAACACGUUGCCUUGGAUUGUUCUAUAUAAAUAGCAAAUUAGCAAUCAAUAUAUGGAAGGUAAACACA